GUUCGUUUCGUUCAUUCGUUUCGUUCGGUUAUCUCAGUGAGGGCGAGGGCCGAAGUGCUUUCAUUUUAAAUUCAUUCCGUUCCGGACGUUUGUCGAGGAAGGUUAGGAGUUGGUCGAAUUAAAACCAGUCCUCAAAUAAAGUGGUUCUUUAUAUUUAUCAUCGUUAAUAAACCAGUGUUGUAAUCAAAAUGUCUCGCUACCGAGAAUGGGACCUUUCUUGCAAAGUUUAUGUCGGCAAUCUUGGAACAAAUGCGUCUAAAUAUGAAAUAGAAAAAGUAUUCUCGAAAUACGGAAACAUUAGGAAUGUGUGGGUGGCGAGGAAUCCACCAGGAUUUGCGUUUGUAGAAUUUGAAGACCCACGUGAUGCUGAAGAUUCCGUACGAGGGUUGGAUGGCACACGAUGCUGUGGCACUCGCAUCCGUGUUGAAAUGUCUAAUGGCCGCACAAGAAGAGAUCGCCGAUACUCCAGGUCCAUUUUAUCAACCAACCACCAACACACCAACGACCUCACCACAUGUCUUCACCACAACUACGGCUCGUUAACCAAUCUGACAUCCGCGAACGCCGCUCGCAACAACAUCCCGCUCAACUUCUGCGAUCGGCUCUCCAAACUUCUGCGCGCAGCCGACGUCUCCAACAUCUGCGUCCCUAUAACUUACCUCCUGACCGCCAUCACCUAGUCCCCAACCGUAAUCCGAACCUGGACUUGAAUAUAAUGCAUUAUAGAGAGCCACACAGUGUAGGAUCCUACAAAUAUCCUGAAUGUCAUUGCAACUCCUAAUGCUUCACCGACUGCACACACUCGUCGUCACCGUGGCACCGAGCUAGAAAUACAACCUAACGGCGAUCAACUUCCCCGUGUUACCGCAAUUUUUCUUGAAACUUCCAAUUAAUGCCACCGUUCGACGGAAGAUAACAUUGAAACUCGCCUCCGCCUCAGUAAUAUCCCUUCGGCCUCACAGCAGCCCCACAACGGUCAACCUUCGCAGGCUCACCAUGUCUCGAUCCCGCAGUCGCAGUCCACGAAGGCGUUCGUAUUCGCGAGGCAGAUCGGGGUCGCCGCGCCGUUCCCCAUCGGUCCGUCGCCGCUCGCCCUCCGUACGACGCUCACGAUCACGCGACCGUCGCAGCCGCUCUGACAGCAAGAGCAGGUAGACAUUGAAGAUACAAUGGCUUCUAAAGAAAAACUUGGACAAAAAUUCUGUAAUAUAAGUGAUGUGAUGUGAAUAGAGCGAUUGUGUGUAUGAAUCCAGUAGGCUACUACAACUGUAUUUUUAAUCCUUUAUGGUACAAGCAGCUUCUGUCUAUUGUAGUUGUAAUUCGCUGUAAGGUUGUAUAGACUUACUCCUAUGGGUGUUUGUUCUUAAAAAUUACGUUCUCUCAAAUUAUUGAGAUCAGUGGUUUGAUCCAAGCUAUGUCUGAGGUUUUUAUACCUUGGUUACCAGUCCAUAUCCUCUGGGAAACCACAAUCAGGCCCUGAGGGAAAUAUUACAUUUACAUUAUUGCAACUGCCACUUUACAUCUUGUAGCAAAUUAACAUGGCUGACAACUGCCACUUUUCAAACAUAGAAAGGUUUGCUUCACAGUGAUGAUGCUAAUAAUAACCUUAAAUCAUGCUAAAGUUUUUCGAAUAAACACCCAAAUGCCUUACAAAGUUGUAUAAUUUUUCUUUUGUAAGAAUCAACACAUAUACUAGAUACACAUAGUUACAAAUAUUAAAAUAAGUCAACUAAAUAAAUGUGGAAACUAUAUCAAAAUUUUUUAUUCUCCUUUCCUAAAUUAUACAAAAUUAAGUAUACCAAAACGUUUAUUUAUAUAGAUAUGUAUAUAACAAAUACUUCUGAUCAUUACAUGUAAUUAUAAUUUAAACAUCUACAAACACUAUAAACUCCUAAAACGUAAAAGAUCUAAAAGCCACAACAAUGACUCAUUUUCAUCACUACAAUAAUAAUAAAUUCGGCAGGAAUGUUAAGAAUUCAGUUCACAAAUCACAUAAUAAAUAUUACUUGGUCUUCAUACUUACCGGUCUUUGCCGUCUAGCGGAGAAGAAGUUGAAAUAUACACAAGUCCCAAUAGCAACUAACAUAGUUCCUAUAACAUGAUAAAUGUUCAAAUUAUUUUUGAACACAAUUGUAGAGAUCAAUAAAGAAGCGAACUUUCUUAGAGUUAGUAUAAAUGUUACUGUAACUGAAGUUUCUUUGGUAGCUAGUUCGUGCACUGAAUGUGUACAAUAGAACUGAGAAAGUAUAUUGAGAGCUAUCAGUACCCAUGCGGCGAAUGGCAGGAUUGCUGCAGUACUCAGCAAUUGAGGUGAGAGUCCGAAAAAUACGGGUAAUGGAAUUGCAUGUGUAUAAAACAGCAUCUCAUUAGGAUGUUUUCCAUAUCUGGAAUACAGUCUUUCUUGUUGCAAGCCAGUAAAAGCACCAGUUAUCAAUGUCACCAAGAGUAUGGUGACUCCUAUACACCAAUAAAGAAAGGUGCCUUUGUUCUCCUCAUCUGUAGGAGCUCCACCAUACAUGGCCAGAGCCACUCCAGCACUGAUUAGUAUAGAACCAAUGGCAUUGUUUAGCUUUGGUAGUUGUUUUUUAACACAGCAGUAGACUAGCAUGCUAGCGGGUGAUGAUGCCUACCUUAUAAUCAUAUGCAGUGUGGAAGGCACAUGCAGGGCAUAUACAUAGUUAUUAGCCACAGUAGUCACGAAGAAAAGAGUGACUAGUAACACAUACUGGCUAAUUGGUAUCUUUGGACCUACCUGAAAAGAUGAUAAGGUUCAUAUUGGUCGAAUUAAUAACAUAAAUAUGUUAUAUAUAAAUAUGCUAAGCAAAAUUGCUUAGCAGCAAGUUGGUCAGUGGUUUUAAAAAGUA